AUGCAUUACAUUAUUUCUCUGGACGCAUUACUUGCUUCACAAAUGCUUGUUAACGAACCUUUAUCAUCUCAACCUAUUAUUAUAAAUAUCAUGGUCAGUAUUGUAGUCAUAAUAUCUAUUGUUGCAGUUGUCGGAAAUACACUUUCCAUUAGUGUCUUUAUUCAAUCAGCAAUUAACCAAGUAGCAUCCGGUUUUUAUUUAUUGAUAACGGCGAUUAUAGCUGAAAUCACUAUGAUUAUAUUUGCUGCUCGCUUCGCUUAUGUAUUGAGCGGAACACGUAUGUUUGCUUACGUUGGCAAUUGUCUGUUACUCGAAUCUCUUCUUAGUCUAUUACCUAAGAUAUUUGAUUGGUUAACAGCAUGCGUAGCCAUGGAUCGAGCAGUGACUGUUGUACACGGGAUUAGUUAUAACAAAACCAAAAAUCGACGUAUCGCUCGAUACCUAACCGUUAUUCUUUUUCUAAUUUUAAUUAUGGGAUCUAUACAUGAACCACUUAAUCGACAAAUGAUCGAAGAUCCGCGUCAAUCAGAAGGACAAGUAUGGUGCAUGCUCACGUUUUCCUCGCAUCGAUGGCUCGAACGAUAUGCAUCAGUCUUAAAUAUCAUUCAUCUCCUCGGUCCAUUCACUGUUAAUUUUGUAUCGACUAUUUCCUUUCUUACACAUCAGGCACGUCGUAAAAUAAGAAAAUCAUCUGUUAGUUUUCAAUCACCAAUGUCUUCUCCAAUAGUUUCAUCAAUAAAUUAUAUUUCUAGUCAAAUCUAUGUUUAUGCUGGUUUACCAAUUGUCAUUAUUGGAGUUUUAGGUGGAAUAUUAAAUAUAAUUAUUUUUCUUAGUCUUCGAAUAUUUCGAGAAAAUUCAUGUGGAGUUUAUUUAAUAAUAAUGUCAUUAGUCAAUAUCAUUCAAUUAUUGAGUGGUUUUUUAUAUCUUAUUCUUGUUAAAGGAUUAUUAAUCAAUGGAAUAAAUGUAAACGUAGGUAGUUGUACAAUAAGAGUAUAUACUGUUCAGAUUUGUGCACUUAUUUCCAUGUCAUGUAUUUGUAUGGCUUUAAUUGAUCAAUAUAUGGCAACAUCAAAAUAUAUUCGAUUACAACAAUGGAGUCAUCGAAAGAUUGCUUAUCGUUUAUGUGCAAUAAUUAGUCUCUUUUGGAUAGUUUAUUGUUCUCCUCAUUUAAUAUAUUAUAAUGCAGUAUUCUCACCAGCAACAAAUUCAACUAUUUGUACUAUUACAAAUAGCAAUUAUCAAAGUUAUGUCAAUCAUUUUUAUACUCCGAUUUUAUUAGAUGCAUUUCCUCUAUUAUUUAUCAUUAUUUUUGGAUUAUUACUUUAUAGAAAUAUGAAACAAAUAUCUUACCGAACAGUAGUACCUCUUGUUCGUCGUCAACAUGAAAUUCAAAUAACAUCAAUGGUUCUUAUACAAGCUUUGAUUAGUGUUUUAUUAAUUUCACCUUUCUUUAUAUUAACUACACUUACAAGUAAUAUACAAUUCAGUAUUGAUCCUAUCAUUAAUGCUCAUAUACAAUUAGUCUUAGGUAUAACAAUAUGUAUCUAUUAUUCAUACUAUACGGUACCUUUCUACAUUUAUAUUUGUGUAUCAAAGCGAUAUCGACAACAAUUCUUUCAUGUAAUUUACACGAUGUAUUUUCAACGAUGGUGUAAGCCAAUAAAUGACAUUAAUCAAGUUGCACCUGAACCUUAA